UGAUAAAUUCUUCCAUGAAAUUAAAAGAAGAAUAUGAUAUCAGUAGCAGAUGUAUGCACACGAUGCUGCCUGUUGUUUGGUUUAGUCGUCUGACUGUUAAAACGCACUCACAGCAAGUCGAAAAUAAAGAAAAUUGUUGUCACAGAUUUUCAAAAUAAUUGGAUAUGACAUAUGGACCUAUUAUGUCUUAAAUAAGCGUGGACAGACCAUCUGCAGAGCAUCUGGACAGGUGGAGCCGCCUGACUCCGGUUGUUACGAAGAGCAGACUCGUCUCUCUUCUGCCUUCUUGGAGGCAGUGGUUUCAGAAAGAAGCUAUUGCAUCGUGAGAAGAGUCUAGAAUGGUCGUGAUAGGACUGGCAGUAUUAGCACUAUGGACCUUUGCUUCACAAACUGAUAUCUGUUUGGCAAGGGCUCAGCCGUAUGACACAGCAUCGACUGAAUAUUUUCAACCACAGCAUGUGAAUGAUGAUGGGAAUGAUGAGGAUAAGAAUUAUCAUGAGUAUUACGUGGAUGAGAUAAGUGACGCAGACUAUGACGAAAUCCACAGUGAUUCAUCGUCGAACGAGGAAGAAGAAGAAACUGAUGAAGAAACUGAUGAAGAAACUGAUGAAGAAACUGAUGAAGAAACCGAUGAAGAAUCCGAUGAAGGUUCAAAGGGAUCACAGACCGUCUAUUUUAGCGAUGUAGGGAUGGCCAUAAGCAACAAAGACUCAAGCAGAUUCGACGUAGAUGAGAUGGAGCAAAAAGAGUAUAAUGAAGACACUAAUGGAGGUUCAAGAAGGUUGAAGGACAUAUCAGUGCCGACCGACGAAGAAGAGGAAGAGAACCCUGAAGAAACUUACAAUGGCUCAGACAAAUACAAGGGCUCCUCGGCCUCGAAAUGGGAAAAAAGAGGAAUUAAAACUCGAAAAGGUUCAAACAAAGUCAAGAUCAUAUCAGUGCCGACCGACGAAGAAGAGGAAGAGAACCCUGAAGAAACUUACAAUGGCUCAGACAAAUACAAGGUCUCCUCGGCCUCGAAAUGGGAAAAAGGAGGAAUUAAAACUCGAAAAGGUUCAAGCAAAGUCAAGAUCAUAUCAGUGCCGACCGACGAAGAAGAGGAAGAGAACCCUGAAGAAACUUACAAUGGCUCAGACAAAUACAAGGGCCCCUCGGCCUCGAAAUGGGAAAAAGGAGGAAUUAAAACUCGAAAAGGUUCAGACAAAUACAAGGGCUCCGCGUACUGGGAACCGGAAAAAGGAAGAAAAACUCGAAAAGGAAGAACCCACGAAAUACCUUUUACGAGCGAGAAAGAGGAAGAGAACAUUCAAGAAACGAAUGGAGGCCCAGACAGAUUCAAGUACACCCCAAGAAACAAAGGCAAUGGAAGGAAGGGAGAAAAUCCGAAUGGAGGUUCAAGGAAAUCAAAGCCUUCCACAUGGACGAAAGGAACGAAUGAUAACAAGCCUGACAAAAAUAACCCAGGAUCAUCCAGAUUCCAGCAAAACCCAUCGACGGACAGCGAAGUACUAGACAUGGAUCUUAUAAUUAAAGGAGGGCCAAACAGAGUGAAGACAAUCUCACCAACGAACAAUGGAGAAGUGGAGGAGAACUAUGGAACUGAUGAAGGCCCAGACAGAUUCAAGUACACCCCAAGAAACAAAGGCAAUAGAAGGAAGGGAGAAAAUCCGAAUGGAGGUUCAAGGAAAUCAAAGCCUUCCACAUGGACGAAAGGAACGAAUGAUAACAAGCCUGACAAAAAUAACCCAGGAUCAUCCAGAUUCCAGCCCAACCCAUCGCCGAACGGCGAAGUAGUAGACGUGUAUCUUAAAAUGAAAGAAGGGCCAAACAGAGUGAAGACAAUCUCACCAACGAACAAUGGAGAAGUAGAGGAGAACGAUGGAACUAAUGAAGGCCCAGACAGAUUCAA